UAUACGGUUCCUACGGUACAUCAUGAAGCUGCUGGUACUUUUUAGCAUCGCUGGGCUGGCUGCGUCCGCCAUACUCCCUGACUACAACUACCAGAGUCCCGGAGAAACAUCCCACGCCCACGACGAGGCAGGGCAUUCAUCAGGAAUAACCUUUGGCCAUGACGACUUCUCAGGACAAGGAAUUUCCACAGACACAUUUGUCAGUGACGUGUCUUCGUCGGACGUGUCUUUCGGAGAGGGAAUCGCAACUUCACUGGGGACCUCUUCUCAUGGAUCUACGUCGGGAUCCUUCGUUGAUGUAGGAAGGGCGGCUAGCGUGGCGCCUUGCGGGGGUGACCAGGUGCGCCACGUGGAUGGCAGGUGUGUGACGCCUCGCGUGAACCGCCGUAUCUUUGUCUACGACGUUCCUGCCAACGUCCAGACGACUGGAUCCGUUAACGUUCCCGAACCACGAGUCGAGACCAAUAUUCUCUUAAUUCGUACACCCGAAGGAGGUGUUGGCCCCGAGCCCAUCGUGAUUCCUCCGCCGCGACAGAACCAUGUAGUUUAUAUUCUCAAUAAGCAAAGCAGUCAAGGCCAAGCGGUGAUCGAAGUGCCUUCGGGUCCUCUCGCAGAGCCCGAGGUUUACUUUGUCAACUACGCGGAGGGCGAGAACCCAGUCCUUCCAAAUGGACAGGACCUCCAGUCGGCUCUUCUGUCAGCGAGUCAGGGAGCCGGACAAAAUAUUGGCUCAGUGGGUCAGUCUCGCUCUGUUGUCGAGCAAGUCUUCGAUGACCAUUCCAGCUCUGUCGGAAUAACUCAUUCCAGCUCUGAUGAUAGCCAGUUUAUUGGAUCAACUCAGUCUUUCUCAACUGGAGAUCAUUCCAGCGAUAUCGGCAGUCUGAUCAGGUCAGAAGGUCAAGACAGCACGGUCGGAGGUGAGGUUCACGGGUCAUUCAUUUUUGAUUCCAGCCUGGGAGAUGGAGGCGAUUUCGUCGCUUCUUCCAGCGUCUACUCCCUUCCUUAGACGAAAUCUGAUGUUUCUCUCCAUUACUUUUGUAUUACCUCAAUUAUUAUAUGAUUUGUAGGUCUAACUAAUUAGUGACUAUUUAUUAACAAAGGAUCCAAAACUAUCUAUGUCUUUCAUACGUCUUUAAUUAAGUUACUUUUGUAACA